AUCAUUCAUCACAAUUCACAGUCACUUUCUGAGACUCCAACUUUUAGAUUACCCUACCAAAUUCAUCAAGAGCACAGUCAAACAGCCCCAACCCAAAAAAAAAAAUCCUUUUCCAAUUCCAAAUCCCGAAUAUCUCAAUUCUCAAAUUCCCCCACCUUAGCUUGGAAUCCAAUUCCCGUUGAAAAAAAAAACCAAGAAAACAUCAAAUUCCGAAUCCCCCAAAUUCUCUCUCUCUCAGUUGAUGGGCACAAUCGUAAACCACAGAGACUUCCGUCCGAAACCGUCGACGACGUUGUCUGUGUCCCAACCGCCGUCUUCUCCGUCAACCUCUUCAUCGUCAUCAACCUCGCGCACCGACACAGUAGUUGGGACCCACGAGUUCAAGAUCAAUGGGUACUCCUUAGCGAAAGGCAUGGGGGUCGGAAAGUUUGUCGCUUCCGAUACCUUCGCCGUCGGCGGCUACGCCUGGGCCGUCUACUUCUACCCCGACGGCGAGAGCGGCGAGGAUAACGCCGCCUAUGUAUCGCUCUUCGUCGCGUUGGCGAGCGAGGGUACCGAUGUCAGGGCGCUCUUUGAGCUCACGCUUUUGGACCAGAGUGGCAAGGAUAAUCACAAGGUUCAUAGCCAUUUCAAUCCCAUGAUGGACGCUGGACCUUAUACUCUCAAAUAUCGCGGAAGCAUGUGGAUCAAGGAUGGCUGCACUUAUGACAUGAUUCCAUUGGCAUGGUGUUAUAGUGGUGCAAGAAGCAUGUGGAAGAGACAGUCAGCAAGGACGAACUCAACUAGCUACUACAAUUUACAAAGCUGAUUUUGUUAAAGUUGAUCAGGCAGUUCUCUAUGAUCUAAUCAAGGCUGCAAGUUGUCCCAAUGGCAAGGACUUGUUAGACCAAGUAUGCCAGAGAGUUGCAAACAUAAUUAAAGGUAAACAACUAGAGGAUAUACACAAAACAUUUGUCAUCAAGAAUAAUUUUACUCCUAAAGAGUAAAGCAAAAACAGCAACGAGAAUGCUUGAUCCUUUGAGUGAAGUUUUAGUAUUCCUUUUCCUAUUUAUGGUUAAUUUUAAAACUUAUGAUUUGAUACCCGGAUUAUGUGGAUUGGAUUAGAUAAGUGUGUGU